AUGGCAUCUUAUAUGGGCUUAAGCCCAAGAGAACAAGUAAAUGAGGUUAAACAACAAAACCAACAUCAAAAGGAAAAUCCUCUUCUUCUUUACGCGAGCAACAUCCUCCAUUUCUCUCUCACCAGCAUUUCAAAUGCUCCACCGCCCCGGAGCUCACCGUCGGCAGCGGCGAAGCUUCCUUUCGCCACCCCCUACAUCAUUUCUUCAAAACUCUCAAUAAUUCCCUUCCAAUUUCAACCAACACAACAAAAUUCAAGUGAAAUCGAUGUCGGAGUCACCUUUGUAGUUGAAACAGAGUUGAAGACGAAAUCUCAGGUUUUGUUUUAA